AUGAAUCGUAGACGCGAGAAUCGUGGCGUCGCCACGACGAUGAGUCAGGGCGGAGCGCGAGGUCGCGGCGGCGGCGGCGGCACGGCGGCGAGGGAUGCGGUCGUGAAGCCGGGAAAGUUUAAGGAGAUCGUGAAACAACGGAUGAAGGAUAAGAACUUCAUGCAGCGCUUUGCCGUGCUCGUGCACAGCCUGUUCGGCUUCGAACAGAAGACGGAGAAUGUGAAAGGUGCGUCGCGACCGCUGAAGGCGGUGGAGCUAGAGACGAGGAACGAGGGACGACAACGCUACCUGCUGCUGAUCACAAACAGUGGGCAGCAGAACAUGGAAGAAUGCUGCAUCGUGGGGCUGGACUUCACGAACAGCUUCACCAUCGGUCUCGUGUUGCCGAUAUUCGCGACGACGAAGAUCAUGCUCGAUGGCGACGGGUGCGGUGAUAUACAGCACCAUCUGCAGUCCAUGUCCAACCUACUACGGCCAGAGGACACGCUUAAGAUGGACGAGCUCACUAUGAGGAGUCGCUGUCGGGCAUCGACCGGCCCACCACUCAACGAGUUGUACGCCCUCGAUGAGAUCACGUCGACGCCAACGACCCCCGUCAGUCCGAGCCAAGCGCGCGAGAUGCGGACGGAGCGCGAGGAGAUGGAAUCCAUGAUCCGAUCGAAGCUGAAGGAGAUCAUGAUGAGUGUUGACCUUGAGGAGGUCACCAGCAAAUACCUGCGCUGUGAGCUGGAGAAGGUUGUUGGCUGCGGCGAGGGAGGGCUCACCGAGUACAAGGGCUACAUCGACGAGGAGAUGAUUACAGUCCUCGGACAGAUGGACUCAGCAACGGAAAUCCUCAACUACCUCUACCUGGGAUCGGAGUGGAACGCAUCCAACUACGACGAACUCAAGGACAACAACAUCAGCCACAUCCUGAAUGUGACGAAGGAGAUUGACAACUUCUUCAUCGGGCUCGGCUUUGAAUACAAGAACAUCCGUGUGUAUGACGAGGAGGAAACCGAGCUGCUACAUUACUUCACCGAGACUAACGACUUCAUCAACGAAGCCAGGUGA